AUGAGCGGCGCCAGUGAGCGAUUGAUCAGAUCGGUGAAGGCAGCAUUAAAAGCCACCCUGAAAGAGUGGUACAACCCUGAUGAAACGCUACACUUAUUGUUGCCAGAAGCUGAACAAGUGAUCAACUCGAGGCCAUUGACCUCGGUGAACGCCAACCUAGAUGAAGAAGCGCUGACUUCCUUAUUGGGCGCUCCAGUGGAAUGUCACCGUUUGGCUCAUUCAAAGAUACACAACUGA